GGCCUCAACUUCAUGGGAGCUCGGAUUGGCUUCAACCGCGGGUGUGAAGCCCCUUGAGAUACCCAGCUCCCGAGAGCAGUUCGAACCACCAAUUCAGCCGGCGCCAUGGCCAUUACACCGACCCAGUUUGCGCGCAAGACGACGCAAUCGGCCAACUGGCCCGAGGCGAAGAGGAGGGUCCUGGCGUCAUACCGGGAGUGGCUCCGAGCCGCCCCCGAGAUCCAGACCAUGUACUCAGUGACACACCCCGUCUCGGCCAUCAGGACACGCAUGCGACAGGAGUUUGAGCGGCACAGAUUCGUCAACAAGCUGCCCGUGGUGGAUGUCCUUCUGUUUCAGAGCAACGCGGAGUACCAGGAGACGAUGAACUUUUGGAAGCAGACGACCCACAUCAUGUCGUACUUCAAGGACGAGAACUUCAGGGGAGACAAGAGGCUACCAAAGAGCUUCAUGGAGGGGUUCCUCGAGGGUCGCAACUAGAAGGGGCACAUCGCCAAACAAAGGGUCUCGUUAUGUAUGUACAUAAAUACCGGUAUCCCACCGAGUUUACCAAAAAAGUUCCGCCAAAGUUGCGCCUUAGAACGCCAAUUUUCCCAUGGUCCUUUUUUCCAUUGCCCUCGUGCCUCCAAGACCUUUCUUUGACACUCGGAUCCGGGGAUAGACAAGUUGCCGAGUUCUAGGCUAGGCUCAUUACGAAUCUGUUUGCAUCUGGCCUGCAAACUCCUCCUUAGCCACUGUAAACUUAUCGGUAACGACAUCGCACAGGUCCUGGAGGUCUCUCAGCCCCUUCUCUAGCGCUUCAAUCGCCGUGGUGCCAUCUGGAUGCGGGUUUUAGCGCGUUGGAAGUCACGUGAGGUAGCCGACAGAGAACUUUCACUCACCAUAGGUCUGGAUCCUCAGGUUCAUCUUAUGUUCCGAGGGGUGGGGGAUGGCAUAAGCACAAAGCUCGACCUCGGGACUAGAUGCGGCGUCAAUAUCAGGGGGUUCGGACUCGGAAGGGCGGGGAGCCCAAGGCCGGUCUUACUUCUUCAUGAUUAUGUACCUGAGCGCGUUUCCCAGGGUGUGGCCCUCCUUCUGGAACUCGAACGAGGCCGCGGUGGGUGUUGAGCCGGGGAGCUGCACAUGUCAGAACCAAAGAGCCCAUCUGCUCGAGAUUUGGGGGCGGCACCGGGCUAGGUCCUCACCAUCUUGACGCGCUGCUCCUCUUCCUCUUCCUCCUCCUCUGGUUCGUCAAAGUCCUCGCCGGCCUGAUCGACGGCGUCGGGC